UUUCACCAAUUGAGCUCUUUCUUUUGAAUUGUCUACUCAAAGUGCUCUGCACAGCCAUGGAAAAAGCUGAGUUUGUUGACAUGAAGUUGGAAGCUGAGCUUCAACUGGUUGAUGGAAAUAAAGUGGACUGGAAAGGAAGAAGUGCACUGAAAUUCAAAUAUGGUGGAAUGAAAGCUGCUUUGCUCAUGCUAGUCACACUUGGUUUGGAAAAUUUGGCAACUUUCUCGCUAGCUGUGAACUCGGUGCCAUAUUUCAUGGGAAUCAUGCAUUAUCAACUAGAAGAUGCUGCUAACAUGCUCACCAACUAUAUGGGUGUCAGUUACAUUCUCUCUAUUUUGGUGGCUAUCGUUGCUGAUACAUGGAUUGGUAGAUACAAAUCUGUUUUAUUUUCUGGCUUCUUCGAGUUUUUGGGUCUUGCAUUGCUUACAGUACAAGCACACUAUCCUAGUCUUAAGCCAAAAGAGUGCAAUGUCAAUGACAUAACAGUUCAUUGUAAAACACCAAGUCGAGGCCAGGAAGCUAUUCUCUUCAUUGGUCUAUACUUGUUGGCCUUCGGCAGUGCAGGAACCAAAGCUGCAUUGCCAUCACAUGGUGCAGACCAAUUUGAUGAAUCAGAUCCCAAAGAAGAAAAGAAAAUGUCCACAUUCUUUAAUGUUCUCUUGCUUGCUGUUUGCAUGGGUGGUGCAGUCAGCUUAACUUUCAUUGUAUGGAUACAAAUCAACAAAGGAUGGGAUUGGGGAUUUGGUAUUGGCACCAUAGCUAUAUUUUUGGGUACCGUAAUUUUCGCUGCUGGUUUGCCACUAUAUAGAAUUCAAGUUGCUACAGGAAAUAGUGUUCUCCUUGAGAUCAUACAGGUCUAUGUUGCUGCAAUCCGCAACAGAAAUCUUCAUUUGCCUGAAGAUCCAAAGGAACUAUAUGAAAUUGAACAGGACAAGGAAGCUUCUGAGGAAAUUGAGUUUCUACCUCAUAGAGACAUUUUCAGGUUCUUGGACAAAGCAGCCAUAGAUUCAAAACCUGAUAUGCAAUCGGGGAAAUCAGAGGCACCAAGUACAAGUCCAUGGAAACUUUGCAGGGUUACACAAGUAGAAAAUGCCAAAAUCCUUCUCAGCAUGGUUCCAAUAUUCUGUUGUACAAUUAUAAUGACCCUUUGCCUAGCUCAACUCCAAACCUUUUCAAUCGAACAAGGCUACACCAUGGACACAAAAGUCACCAAACAUUUUCACAUCCCACCCGCAUCCCUCCCAUUCAUCCCAAUCAUGUUCUUAAUCAUUCUCGUACCUAUCUACGACCGCAUUUUCGUUCCUGUUAUACGUAAAUUCACCGGUAUUCCAACCGGUGUUACACACUUGCAACGUAUAGGUGUUGGUCUUAUACUUGCUUCCGUAUCAAUGGCUGUCGCUUCAAUUAUAGAAGUAAAAAGAAAAAGAGUGGCCAAUGACAAUAACAUGCUUGAUGCUUUACCAGUAUAUCAGCCAUUGCCUAUAAGCACAUUUUGGCUUUCUUUUCAGUAUUUCAUAUUUGGCAUAGCUGACAUAUUCACCUAUAUUGGUCUCCUUCAGUUUUUCUAUUCAGAGGCACCAAAAGGACUUAAAUCUACAUCAACUUGCUUCCUUUGGACUUCAAUGGCACUUGGAUAUUUUCUAAGUACCAUAGUGGUUAAGUGUAUCAAUGGUGCCACCAAGCAUACCAAAAGUGGGGGUUGGUUAAUAGGGAAUAAUAUCAAUAGAAAUCAUCUAAACCUGUUCUACUUGUUCCUUUCCAUUGUGAGCUUGAUCAACUUCUUUGUCUAUUUGUUUGUUUCAAAGAGAUACAAAUACAGACCUCAAGGUACUAAGGUCUCAGCUGAUGGCAGUUCAAAGGAGUGAACAUAAGGAAGAAAAAAGAAGGCUUUAUAUAGCUCUUAUUAUGCUCUGUUAAGUGACAAAAUAGAGAUUUGGUAACUUUAUUUCAUCUUAAUUCGGAGGUUAUAGUCUCAAAGAUAUUCAUAAUCCUUGAGUAAAUAAUCUGUAUGCCUUUAGGCCUAAUCGAUACCUGUUCAAUCUUCUUGUCACAA